AUGAUGUUCCGAACACUUAUUUCAGCCUUAUUUUUCCUAUGUUCCAAUUCCCUGCAUGGCCUUGCCCAACCUGCUGGAUGUGCUCUACCACCUCAUCCUAACCCUAUGAUCCAUCGUACCAGACCACGACCACCACUAUACCCACCAGGACUUCAUCUCAUGCCUCGUCGCAACAAAACAGAUCCUGGACCCUUGUCCAAUAGAGCCAGAAUUCUAUUCAUCACCAAAGAACUCAAAAGAAACAUCACCUACGACCCAAAAGGCUAUACUUGCACUUGGGUUGGAAACAACUAUUGCCUUUUCAAAGGGUUCUAUUGUGACACUGUCCCUGACUUAAACAUUACCGGACUUGCUCGAAUUACCUUCAAUGGUGCAAGAUUUGGUGGUACUUUCUUGAACUUUUAUCGCUUUAUUCGAUAUUUGCCGGACAUUGCUAUCUUCCAUGCCAAUUCUAACAACUUUAGUGGACCUAUUAAUAAAAACCUCAAACAAUUACGUUAUCUAUACGAGCUGGAUUUGAGUAACAACAAAUUCCUUGGUCAAUUUCCAGCUUAUAUACUUGGUGCCACGAAUUUAACAUUUGUGGACCUUAGGUUCAACACUUAUGCUGGGAUAGUCCCACGUCGAUUAUUCGACCUUGACACAAACGUGUUGUUUGUUAACAACAACGGGUUCAAUCAGACAAUUCCAGCUACGUUAGGUAACACGCCAGCUUUGUAUCUCACACUUGCCAACAACCAUUUCACUGGUGAAAUCCCACAUAGUAUUGGCCAAGCUUGGAACACCCUGCUUGAAGUACUCUUCUUGAACAACAGGUUGAGCGGUUGUUUGCCUUAUGAAAUUGGGUACUUACAAAGAGCCACAGUGUUUGAUGUUGGUGGGAAUUUAUUGACGGGUCCAAUUCCACAAUCAUUUGGGUGUUUGUUUAAGAUGGAGUUACUCAAUUUGGCUCAUAAUCAGUUUUACGGGACUAUUCCAGAAUCAUUAUGCGGGUUAAAAAAUGGGUACAAUUUUUCAUUAUCUUACAAUUUCUUCACAGAAGUAGGGCCUUUGUGUAGGAAAUUGAUAAGUAAAGCCAGACUUGAUGUAAGGAAGAAUUGUAUUUCUGGGCUACGAGAGCAGAAAUCUGCAGCUAAGUGUAACCGUUUCUUUACUACGCAGAGAAGAAGCUGCUCAAGAGAGAGUACUUUCAGUAUUGUUCCUUGUAAGAUUGGUACUACUAGUAACUCUUUGGAAGAAGAAAAAGAUGAGGUUUUUCCUACAAUUGAUGAAAUGACUCCACCUUCACCCGUGACCUACGGUGCCCUCACGAAGCCUCACCAUUGAUGUUGGAAGGUAUAUAUGUGUAUAUAUUGUAGUGCCUCGGAUUGUGAACUCUGAUAGAAUAAGAUUUUCCGAGUUGAUCAUUUGCUUUGUUAG